AAUUGUAAAUGACAAGGGAGAAAUGACACCAACCAAGGCACACUGUCCGUAGAAGCUUAGGUGGGAAUGACCAAACGAAACAAAUAACCCCAAAUCUCAUCCAGAAACAAACACCCAUCUCUCUCUUUGUACCCUCCAUCACUCUGGACCGUCUGGUAGAGCUAUACUCUUUCUCUCUCUCUCUCUGCUCUGGAUGAGAGAGGAGGAGUCGUGUUUUGAUUGAGGUGUGUUUGGGUUGAGCAUUCUUUCUCGAUUCUUCGAAAUUUUUGUUCUUGUGUGAAGCUGUAGCCGUGAAAAUGAGGAGAAUGGUGCUGAGCUUCACCACGUCUAUUGAAGCUCUCAAUUGGUGGGAUGAGAUCAAUGAAUCGGUUCAGUGGCAAGACGGCAUCUUCUACUUUCUCUGCGCUGCUUAUGCGCUAGUUUCCACCGUUGCUCUGGUUCAAUUGAUAAGGAUUGAAUUGAGAGUGCCUGAAUAUGGUUGGACAACCCAGAAGGUUUUCCAUCUUAUGAAUUUCAUUGUUAAUGGAGUACGUGCAAUUGUGUUUGGAUUUCACAAGCAAGUAUUUCUUUUGCAUCCAAAGGUGCUAACGUUGGUGGUAUUGGAUCUUCCGGGACUGCUCUUCUUCACUACUUACACUCUUCUUGUCCUGUUUUGGGCAGAGAUAUAUCACCAGGCAAGAAGUUUACCAACAGAUAAGCUCAGGAUUUUUUAUGUUGCAGUCAAUUGUUUGAUGUAUGUUAUACAGGUGGGCAUUUGGAUAAUCAUCUGGUUUAAUGACAACAGUACUGUGGAAUUUGUGGGAAAGAUUUUUAUUGCAGUUAUAUCCUUUUUAGCUGCAUUAGGGUUCUUGCUUUAUGGAGGAAGAUUAUUUUUCAUGUUAAGACGCUUCCCCAUAGAAUCCAAAGGGAGAAGAAAGAAGCUUCACGAGGUCGGUUCUGUCACAGCCAUAUGUUUCACCUGCUUCCUCAUAAGAUGUGUUGUGGUUGUAUUGUCUGCCUUUGAUGUUGAUGCCUCACUUGAUGUUUUGGAUCAUCCAGUUUUGAAUUUGAUCUACUACGUGCUGGUUGAGAUCUUCCCUUCAGCUCUAGUCCUUUACAUCUUGCGUAAAUUGCCCCCGAAGCGAGUGUCAGCACAGUAUCACUCAAUCCAGUAGGCAAGUGUAUCAACUUCUGUUCUGAACCUUAUUCAUGCUCCCCCGAAUAUCAUUUUUUGUUUUGGUGUGGGAGUUGAAAACUUUCUAAGAGAAGCAAUAGACAGGUUUGAGAAAUGAGGUGUCGUAUUCGGGUAUGACUCGCUUUGCCAGAAAAGUUUUCUGAGAAGUUUAAUGCACAGCUUGCGAGAGUGAGAAUGAUAUUUGUUUAUUUGAUUCGAUUAAGGAUUAUAUUAACAGUAAGCAGUGUAUUUUUGAACGUGUUACAAAAUGAAAUUUUCCUGUAAACUAGGUGACUUUUCUGUCCAUCUCGAGUCUUUCUUAAAACCCAUCGAUUGAUAUAAUACAUAAUAUGUACUAAGCCUCUUUAGGCUUUUCUAUUGUAAAUAUUUGUUCUUAUAGCA